UGCUUGUUACUCAUGUAACUUAGUGAUCUCACAAGUUGUCACACUCUAGAACCCGUUUCCUUCUCCGUUAACUUUAAUUAAAGCAGUCGUCGGAAGUAUUUACGCUAUUCAACCACAACAUCCCGACAACACGAUGUCUUUCAUCCCAGGACAGCCGGUGACUGCUGUUGUGCAACGAAUUGAGAUCCAGAAGUUGCGACAGGGAGAUAAUCUGAUCCUUGGCUUCAGCAUUGGAGGAGGCAUAGACCAGGACCCCGGUCAGAAUCCUUUCUCUGAGGACAAGACUGACAAAGGCAUCUAUGUGACCAGGAUAACACCAGGAGGACCUGCAGAUGUGGCAGACUUGAGGAUGGGAGACAAAAUAAUGCAGGUGAACGGCUGGGACAUGACCAUGGUGACCCACGACAAAGCUCGCAAAAGACUGACAAAGAAGAAUGAGGAUGUGGUGCGACUACUGGUAACCAGGAAGUCACUGGAAGAUGCUGUCAGACACUCUAUGGGCAGUCAGCCCAGGCAGUAGCAUAGUGGCACCAUCUAUAACCACAGACUAAUACAAUAUAGCCAAGGACUCUCGUGUACUGGGACUCACACAAAUUUAGAUGACGGUUGCAUUGUGGCCUUUAUAACUAUGGGAAUGCAGACAAAUCACACAGAUGACAUGAGAUCUCCCACUGUGAAGGUGACAUAUCCAGAUGUUUGAGUCAGUUCAUAAUCUGAUCAGUCAUUGAACAAUGACAAUUUGCAUGACUUUUUCUAUACAUGUUUUUGUAGUAUA